CACUUCCGGCAGGCGGCGGGGCCCGGAAGCGGCGCGCGGGGCCGGCGAAUCCCGCGGCGCCAGGUCGGAGCGGGGCCGGAGCAUGCGGGGCGGCCGGCGGUCUGCGGCGCGCGGCGCAUUCGUUCCCCCGCGGCGGUGGCGGCGGCGCGCGGCGGCUCUCCAGUGAGCGGCGGAGCCCGGAGCGGCGGGCUGGGCGCCGGGCGGGCGGGGCCCGCGGCUGAGAGGCGGGCGGGCCGGGGACGCCGGGCGCGGGGCGCGGGGCCGCCAUGUGGAGCGGCCGCAGCUCCUUCACCAGCCUGGUGGUGGGCGUGUUCGUGGUCUACGUGGUGCACACCUGCUGGGUCAUGUACGGCAUCGUCUACACCCGCCCGUGCUCCGGCGACGCCAACUGCAUCCAGCCCUACCUGGCGCGGCGGCCCAAGCUGCAGCUGAGCGUGUACACCACGACGAGGUCCCACCUGGGUGCUGAGAACAACAUCGACCUGGUCUUGAAUGUGGAAGACUUUGAUGUGGAGUCCAAAUUUGAAAGGACAGUUAAUGUUUCUGUACCAAAGAAAACGAGAAACAAUGGGACGCUGUAUGCCUACAUCUUCCUCCAUCACGCUGGGGUCCUGCCGUGGCACGACGGGAAGCAGGUGCACCUGGUCAGUCCUCUGACCACCUACAUGGUCCCCAAGCCGGAAGAAAUCAACCUGCUCACUGGGGAGUCUGAUACACAGCAGAUCGAGGCGGAGAAGAAGCCGACGAGCGCCCUGGAUGAGCCAGUGUCCCACUGGCGACCGCGGCUGGCACUGAACGUGAUGGCGGACAACUUUGUCUUUGACGGGUCCUCCCUGCCUGCCGAUGUGCAUCGGUACAUGAAGAUGAUCCAGCUGGGGAAGACCGUGCAUUACCUGCCCAUCCUGUUCAUCGACCAGCUCAGCAACCGCGUGAAGGACCUGAUGGUCAUAAACCGCUCCACCACCGAGCUGCCCCUCACCGUGUCCUACGACAAGGUCUCGCUGGGGCGGCUGCGCUUCUGGAUCCACAUGCAGGACGCCGUGUACUCGCUGCAGCAGUUCGGGUUUUCAGAGAAAGAUGCUGAUGAGGUGAAAGGAAUUUUUGUAGAUACCAACUUAUACUUCCUGGCGCUGACCUUCUUUGUCGCAGCGUUCCAUCUUCUCUUUGAUUUCCUGGCCUUUAAAAAUGACAUCAGUUUCUGGAAGAAGAAGAAGAGCAUGAUCGGCAUGUCCACCAAGGCAGUGCUCUGGCGCUGCUUCAGCACCGUGGUCAUCUUCCUGUUCCUGCUGGACGAGCAGACGAGCCUGCUGGUGCUGGUCCCGGCAGGUGUUGGAGCUGCCAUUGAGCUGUGGAAAGUGAAGAAGGCAUUGAAGAUGACUAUUCUUUGGAGAGGCCUGAUGCCCGAAUUUCAGUUUGGCACUUACAGCGAAUCUGAGAGGAAGACCGAGGAGUACGAUACUCAGGCCGUGAAGUGCUUGUCAUACCUGCUGUACCCUCUGUGUGUUGGGGGCGCCAUCUAUUCACUCCUGAAUAUCAGAUACAAGAGCUGGUACUCCUGGUUAAUCAACAGCUUCGUCAAUGGGGUCUAUGCCUUCGGUUUCCUCUUCAUGCUGCCCCAGCUGUUUGUGAACUACAAGUUGAAGUCAGUGGCACAUCUGCCCUGGAAGGCCUUUACCUACAAGGCUUUCAACACCUUCAUUGAUGACGUCUUUGCCUUCAUCAUCACCAUGCCCACGUCUCACCGGCUGGCCUGCUUCCGGGACGACGUGGUGUUUCUGGUCUACCUGUACCAGCGGUGGCUUUAUCCUGUGGAUAGACGCAGAGUGAACGAGUUCGGGGAGUCCUACGAGGAGAAGGCCGCGCGGGCACCCCACACGGACUGAAGGCCCUGGGCUGCCGCCGGCCAAGUGCAGCUUGAAUUGUCAAUGAGUAUUUUUGGAAGCAUUUGGUGGAAUUCCUAGACAUUGCAUUUUCUGUGUUGCCAAAAUCCCUUCGGACAUUUCUCAGACAUCUCCCAAGUUCCCGUCACGUCAGAUUUGGAGCUGGUAGCGCUUACGAUGCCCCCACGUGUGAACAUCUGUCUUGAUCACAGAGCUGGGUGCUGCCAGUCGCCUUGAACUGUAGUGGCUGCCGGCACACGAGUGUCCGGGGUUCGGCCAUGUCCUCACGCUGGCAGGGGCAGGAGCCCUCGCAGGCAAGGGGGCUGUCGGAUUUCCGUUUCAGGUGGUUUUCUAAGUGCUCCUUAUGUGAAUUUCAAACACAUGGAAUUCAUUCCGCACGGACUCUGGGAUCAGAGGCUCUUUCCUCUUUCGUUUGAGAGUUGGUUGUUUUAAAGCUUAAUGUAUGUUUCUAUUUUAAAAUAAAUUUUUCUGGCUGUGGCA